AUGGAGCCAGUGUAUCUUAAAGUGGGAGACCAGUUGAAACUCACGUGCGAACAAAAUGGUAACUUCAGAACGGCUUGGCUGAGACACACAUCCAAAAGGAAACUCGACGAGGAGAAUGAAAUUUACACUGACGAUAAUAAGUAUGAAAAAGUUCACGAGGGAUUUAUUUUGAAAUCCUACAGUAAAGACGGUAGGUUCAUUAACACGCUGAUCAAAGAAAAUGUCACCGAAGAUGACGCCGGCUCUUAUAAAUGCGAAGUUUUAAACAAUCUCCAACGUUCCUAUGCUGUUGAUGUCAACAUUUUUAGAAGUAAUUUGACAUUUUUUGAUACUUUCUAUCAUCCAUUUGAAAUAAGUUUGAUUGUUACGGCACUGAACGGGAUUUCGCAAGGCACUGGGAAUCAAACAGUCCUGGGAUGUGUGCUACAUUCCGAUACAAGAAGCUACCCGGAAGUGGAAUGGAGAAGAAAUGAAAAAAUCAUAAAUAUAGAUGAUAGUCACAAUAAAUACAUCAUCAAUACCUCACUACGAAUCGACUCCAGCGAUUUCUAUACAACUCUGACCAUUAAAAGAACAAAUGACCAAGAUUCGGGUUUGUAUACGUGUAGCAUGAGGUUUGGUCCAAUAUGGUUCAACCAGACGGUUCAACUCUUUGCUCCUCCUAACGUUCGCAUUUUGGAUCGAUCCAUUUCUUCGUCGGAGGGCAGCCAAGUCGAAGUUGUUUGCGUUGUCUUCGGCUGGCCAACCCCCGUCAUCAGCUGGUUACGAAGUGACAAUUCGUCAAUAUCGAAGAACAGACACCAGAGAAUUUACUAUUCAACUCCGUAUGAAAUUUUAGACAACGAUUAUGACAACGAUGCUGACGGCGAAGAAGACGACGACGAUGCAGACCGCGAUAUGAGUUCCGAUUACGAUGAAGAUAAAGAUAAUGACGACCGUGAUGACGACCCACAAAUGACCUCAAACAAAAAGUCUAAAUUUAGCUCUGGGAAAUUCCAAAUGAUUAACUCCACGCUAAUAAUAACUGAUGUGCAAAUGUCUGAUAGGGACAUUUACAUAUGCGAGGCAAUAGCUUACGUCAAUGACUCCGUAGCGCUUAAAUCAAGAUCCAUGGUCUUGCUGAGAGUGAAAGGCAAAUAUGCAUUUAUAUACCCGCUUAUCGGCAUUAUCAUCGAGUUCGUCGUCCUGCUGACGAUCAUCGUCUUCUAUGAAAGGAAGCGCAAGAAAGAGGCCGCCACUGAAGAAGUUGUGGCACCGGUAGCCCAAGAUGAUAUUUUCAACCACUAGUUAAGCCAACAACGGAGAGGAAUACGAGGUUAAGAAAAUAGGAGCACUAAUUUUAGGGUAUAACAAACAUAAUUAUAAAUAAUAAUAAAAUAAUAAAUAAUAAUAAUAGAUAGUAAUAAUAAUGAUAAUUCAAGUAUAUACUGCAAUUAUAUUAACUUCAUUUUUAUUAUUUAUUAUUAAUAUUAUCAUGAAUCAUGAAUCAUUCAUUAUACACACACAACACACACACACACCACACACACACAAAACAAACACAAACACACAACACGUACAUAAUAAUAUUAUGCACAUUUUUUUCAAUAUUUGGUCUACUUUUAGAACAAUCGAAAAUCGAUUUGCAUUAGUUGAUAUAGAAUCAUUUUGAAAAAUUAUUAUUAUUAUUAUUAUUAUUAUUAUCAUUAAUAAUGAGCCUGCUCAACUUGUAACUUUUAAUUUUUGAUUUUUUUUUGCUAAAUGGUAAUUAGAUGCUAGCAGCGGUUGACGGCGACAGAGACGAAUUAUUAUUUUCGGCAUUUUAAAAAUUUAAGAAAAAUGGAUUUCAGACAGGAUAAUUAUUAUACCAUGAACAAUAACUAUACCACACACUGGAGCUGCUUAAUCCGUUAUUAGUUAUACCGGAAAAAGGACAGCUCUGUGACGUCAUACAUUCAUUCAUGACGCCAUAAAUUGUUACUAAAAGUUCUAAAUAGUAAAGAAAUAACAAUAAUGCAUGACCCGCAAU